AGAACCAAACUGUCACAGGCCUUUAAUCACUGGCUGAAUGUUCCAGAAGAUAAAAUACAGGUCAUUUGAGGACAAAACCAAGACCCUGUCAUCUUUUAAUCUGCAUCCUGACACAAUUAUUACUGCUUUUGUGCAUACUUGUACUAAUUUUAAUAACUUAAUGUUGUUGAAGUCUGGAGGACCACCUCUAUUCAUCUUUCUGACAUCUCUCAUAAUCUUCUUAAGAUGUCCCAGGUUAUCAUUGAAGUGACAGAGAUGUUGCACAAUGCAAGCCUACUUGUGGAUGAUAUUGAAGAUAACUCAAAGCUACGACGAGGCUUUCCAGUGGCACACAGUAUCUAUGGAAUUCCAUCUGUAAUCAACUGUGCUAAUUAUGUGUAUUUCCUUGGCUUAGAGAAGGUUUUAACCCUUGAUCAUCCAGAUGCUGUUAAAGUUUUUACCCGUCAACUUCUGGAACUCCAUAAAGGUCAAGGCUUGGAUAUUUACUGGAGGGAUACUUACACCUGUCCUACAGAAGCUGAAUAUAAAGCUAUGGUACUGCAAAAGACAGGUGGUCUCUUUGGAUUAGCUGUAGGCCUCAUGCAGCUGUUCUCAAAUUAUAAAAAAGACUUAAAGCCACUUCUAAACACACUUGGCCUCUUCUUCCAAAUAAGAGAUGACUAUGCCAACUUGCACUCCAAAGAAUAUAGUGAAAACAAGAGUUUUUGUGAAGACUUAACUGAGGGCAAGUUCUCAUUCCCAACCAUUCAUGCAAUUUGGUCAAGACCUGAAAGUACUCAGGUGCAAAACAUUUUACGUCAAAGGACAGAGAACAUAGAUAUAAAAAAAUACUGUGUACAUUACCUUGAAAAUGUGGGUUCCUUUGAGUACACUCGGAAUACAUUGAAACAGCUUGAAUCUGAAGCCUAUAAACAAAUUGAAUCACUUGGGGGAAAUCCUGAGCUUGUAGCACUAGUUGAACAGCUGAGCAAAAUGUUCAAAGAAACUGAAAAUUAAAAAUUUAACCCCUGGGGGUGGAUUAAAACUCUUUUUAAAAUGGGAAAAUAACCAGACUGUCUGAGAGGUGUGAUAAUCAGUCUUUCUCUUGUACCCAUGUUACAGAAAUUACUGUUAAAAACAAUUUGUCACUGAGUAUUGAAAUAUAUACCCUAUUAUCUACACAGUCUUAACUGUAACUGCUUACAGAUGCCUUUGUUAAAGCAGGUGUACUAGAACUGAAACAAGUUUUGAAUCUAAAUGUGAUCAUCUUUAUACAAUCAGCAUUAUCAGAUACUCUCAUAUCUUUAACCAGGCUACUGUAGGUUUCUGGCUGAAAUUCUGUGUUAAAUUAAAUCAGAUUGACCUGAGUGUAUUUUGCAUUUUCAAACAAUGCUCUAGUAAACCAAAAUGUACCAUGUUAAAUAACAAAAGAUACUUGCAACCACAAUGCACAUAAAACUGUUGUGUGAUAUUUCUAAGUUAGACUUGUGAAGAUCAGAUGGAUCAGCUUACUAAGUUCUAAAGUGAAUAUCUUAUCCAGCUUCUGGCAUACAUUCAGGGGAAUGCAAAUUAUAAAAGAUAGUAUUUUAUAUGCAAAUAAGACUAAUGUUUGGUCUGAAAUUGUAGCUUUAUAAAGAUUUCUAAGUACCUUAGAGAAAAGAUUCCAUUGCAUCAGCAAAGCAUAAAUUUGCUGCUGAUUCCAGCUCUGCAGUGAAUAAUUUUGAUUGCCUUGUUUUAGAUUUUUAAACUGUCAAAUAUUUUGUGGCCAGGAACUUAAAUCUAUGCAUUAGAGCUCAUACAUGUAACUGUAAAUAGCAACAUAGUAAGCUGCUACUAGAAAUGGAGUGGGAUUCACACCAGGUAACUUUAGGACACUGUAAUUAGUAUAGGUCUCUUUAAUCUCUGCUUAUAAUUGAGAGGGGCUUCUCCAGGAGUUGAUUCAUAAUUCAUACUGCAUUCCUGUUCUGAAUUGCUAUCUGGAGGCAUGUUAUAGGUCUCUCCAAAGAGACAAGUUCUGUAAUUCUUUUUGCUAAAACAAAGUACAGCAUCUUGUUCUACAAGCUUCAGUUUCCACCACUUCAGUUUUGUUAAUUGCUUAAAUAGUGCUUUAAAACUAUGUACACGGACAUACUGAAAUAGAACUGGAACAGAUAGCAAGAUUGAGGGGGGUGGGCUGAUAAGUGACAAAACCCUCUGCUCAUCUAUAUAAAUAUAUAUAUGAAAGGUGAACAAGAUGUAAGCAGAGAUGUUUGUUUCUUCUUGGCUGGGCUGGCUUUAAUCAGGUUAAGUUCCCUUAGUCUUCACAGCCACAUAAAGCAUUACUUUGGUGUAGGGAGGUAAUGAUUUGGAUCAAAGGUAGGACUGGUGCCAUCAGCAGUGGUGUUAGCUCAAGCACACUCUCAAAAGAAAUGGCCAGAGGUAUCUGGCUUCUGACAGCUAAAGGAUAGUUUUAUGCAGGUGUUCAUUUACUGUAUGUGGAAAGCAGGGAGAGUCAUGGUCUCAACCCACUGAGAAAACUAACUGAAGAAGGCUGCUGUAAUGUCUUCCCUGGGCAGCCUUAAGCUUCUUCUGAAAGUGAUCAAGCAUGAAAAAAUUCUGGAUGACUGCUUUCAGUCAGAGACAUUAUGUAGUUAUGGAUGAUAGCCUAUCCCUUUUAUCUGCAUGCUGAUGAGGAAUCUUUGGCUGCUCUGUGAUUAGGCACAGAAUAAUAGCCUUUUCACUAAAUGGACCUGGUUGCCAGGACUGAAUAGCUUAAAGUUGGUGAAAAGUGUCUUUUCUUUAAUGUUAAUGACAGUGAAUUGAAUUCCUUUUUCAUAACUUGCAGUGCUUCGUAGUAAACCUGUAAGUCUUUAAUGUUUUAUGAGAAAAUACUAUCUGCAGCAAAGCACAAUGUUUAUCUUGUGCCAUGUCUUGGGAGUUUCUAAGCACUGUUGCAGCUGAUGUUGAAUGGGGGAGAGCACUGGAAGAACUAUUGUGUCAGGAGAAUCUCCUAGUCUUACUGUAAAAGAUAUCCUUGUGCCUAUUAGGAUAUUGUAACUGACAUAUACAAUGCAAACUGCACUUAGUGCCAUUUCAUGUCUGCUCUGUUGCUGGAUGUAAACAGUUUUGUGUAAUCAAACUUUCCUGAUGAGGUAGCUUUCUUAUUUUUGUAUAAAACUUCUCUACCAUC